GCUGCAGAGCCUCGGCUGCCGGGCGAGCCCUUCCGAGCCGAGAGCGUCCGGCUGUGCACGCGGACACCCUAAGCCAAACCCUAGAGAAACCCACCCACUCGAUCCUGCAGGCCCCAGACCCGUGUGGACUAUGUCGUGAUGUGUUAAAAACGCACUGGGGAAGGAAAGGAAGUGAGCGUUAUGCAUUUCUCCAAACUUUGUUUUUUGAAAGCAGCAGUGAACGGAAUCGUGCAUGAUGUGGACGUGCUCGGCUCAGGGAUCCAGCUGGUGACUCUGCUGGUGGACCGGGACGGGCUGUACAAGAUGAACCGCCUGUACAUCACUCCGGACGGGUUUUUCUUCCGAGUCCACAUGUUAGCCCUAGACUCCUCCAGUUGCAAUAAGCCAUGUCCAGAAUUUAAACCUGGCACCAGGUAUAUUGUGAUGGGCCACCUCUACCAUAAGAGACGGCAGCUCCCUACAGCUCUGCUCCAUGUCCUCAGAGGGCGCCUCCGACCAGGAGAUGGACUGCUCUGGAGCAGCAGCAGCUAUGUGAAAAGGUUUAACAGACGAAGGGAUGGGCAAGUUCAAGGUGCAGUUCACACCCAAUGCAUUUGAAUCAUACCAUCCUGGCAUUUCUGGAUCAUAAAAGACUUGGAAUUUAGCAACAAGACAGGAAAGGUUUAUCUUCAUGUAAUGGCUCCUUUAUGAACUGGUUGCAUAGUUCCAACUCGAAUGUUGAAGUUACCACUUAAUUACAAAAUGCUUCUUAAAUGGCAUGCUUCUGAGCCCUGUGGCAGUUAUUCAACUAUAGUGACAGUUAGGCACACAGCUAACUGACCUGUCUAGUUAACAGAUCACUACUUCAUGUUUAUUUUUAAUUAUUUUAAUUUAAAUACAUUCUCCAGUAGAAAUAGUUCACAAAACAUUUCCUUGAUUUUAUAUACAACUUUGAAUAGUUUAUAUCAUGUAUCAAACCAGAUUUUAUACCCAAAUCAUCACAUUUUAAAUUCUGUACAUAACAAUAAGUGCACUAGUCAGAUAUGUAUGGAAUAUUAUAAAGAUCAAACAUUAGGGUCAGAGCCCAAGUUAUAAAGUUUUACACUUAAAGAAUACUAAAGGGCUUAAUUCAAGCAAAAUACUUUUUAAACAAGCGUUUCUGAUGCACCGAAAUGUAAGAUAUAGUUUAUUUUCACGCCUCCCUGCUCCUAAAAAUGUAUGUUUUGUGCCGAAUUGGCAGCUCUCCCGAUGCUAAACAUAUUCUCGGUGUAUCUGAUGUCAUUUUUCUAUUAAGACCAAGUAUCAUGUUUGUGUUUGUAAAGCAGUAAAUCUUACCUUGAAAUCAGA